UGUGUGUGUGAGGAAUCCCUCCCCCAGCCCCCAACCAGCCUGCAACAUGAGGUCAGCGAGCUAGCGGAGAAGAGAGGAGAGAGCGAGGAGGAUAGAAGAGGGAGCCACGGAGGAGAGGAGCAGGAGGGAGAAUGUACCGAGAGAAGAUCUGAGGAGGAGGAAUAUGCAGAGCGGAGGAAGCGCAGCCCAUCGAUGGCAGCCAUGCUGAGUCCAAAGAUCAGGCAGACCAGGAGAGCCAGGUCCAAGAGCAUGGUGAUGGGAGAGCCAUCACGUGGCUCAUGUCGGCCCACCUCACCGAGUCUCCAAGAGGGAGUGCUAAAGGCCGGCUGGCUGAAGAAGCAGAGGAGCAUCAUGAAGAACUGGCAGCUGCGCUGGUUUGUGCUGCGUGCUGACCACCUCUACUUCUACAAGGAUGAAGAGGAGACCAAACCACAGGGCUGCAUCUCACUGAAGGGCAGCCAAGUGAAUGAACUGACAGCCAACCCAGAAGAACCCGGCAGACACCUUUUUGAGAUCGUGCCAGCUGGUGAGAAAGACAAGGCUGCGAUGAGCCAUGAGUCCUUUCUACUCAUGGCCAACUCCCAGAGUGACAUGGACGACUGGGUGAAGGCCAUCAGACGGGUCAUAUGGGCUCCGUUUGGAGGAGGCAUAUUUGGCCAGCGUUUGGAGGACACUGUACAAUAUGAAAGGAAGUUUGGUCCUCGUCUCGCCCCUCUCUUAGUGGAGCAGUGUGUGGAUUUCAUCAGGGAACAGGGUCUUGAUGAAGAAGGCUUGUUCCGGAUGCCAGGACAAGCCAACCUCGUGAAGGAGCUUCAGGAGGCCUUUGACUGUGGAGAUAAACCUCAGUUUGACAGUAACACUGAUGUCCACACUGUGGCUUCCCUGCUGAAGCUGUAUCUCAGGGAGCUUCCCGAGCCUGUCGUUCCCUUCUGCAAGUAUGAGGACUUUCUCACUUGUGCUCAGCUCCUGGCCAAAGAUGAGGAGGAGGGAAUACAAGAAUUAGGGAAGCUAGUGACGACCCUUCCAGCUGCCAAUUACAACCUUUUGAAAUAUAUAUGCAAAUUUCUGGAUGAGGUGCAGUCUCACUCACAUGAAAACAAAAUGGGUGUGCAGAACCUGGCCACCGUGUUUGGACCAAAUAUCCUCCGCCCCAAAAUGGAGGAUCCAGUAGCUAUUAUGGAAGGCACUUCCCUUGUUCAGCAUCUCAUGACGCUGCUCAUCAGCAAACACGAGCACCUGUACACUGAAAAAGACUCAGAAACAUCACAGAACCAGACGGAGCUCAAGGACCAAAGCCAGCAACUUCAGCAGUCCAACCUGGUGGACUGGAUCUCUGAAGAGGAUCUCCACACCUGCCCGUCUGCGGACGCCGCUUUAGCCUCCAAGCCCUCGCCUCAGGGAAAGGGAGAGACAGCCGUUAGCCCUAGUAAGCAGGCCAAGACCCUUCCAGGAUGGAAGUACACCUUCAAAGGCUCCUCGGCCAAAGGAGCCUCCGCGGCGGACAGUGGGAACUGGUUAAUGAAUGGUCUGUCCUCGCUGAGGGGACACCGCCGAACCUCGUCCGGCGAACGCUCCAGGGACUCGGGCUCCUCUCAGAGACUGUCUACUUACGACAACGUCACAUCUUCAUCGAGUCUGGGCAGCGUGCUGAGUAUGGACAGCACGCCGUGGUCCACCUCAUCUUGUGAGAUCUCCGUCCCAGACUCUGGAGGUGAGCCGCUGGGGACAGAAGACGGGCCGAGCGCUCCGGAGGAACGGAGCGAGGAGGAAGCCAAGCCCGGCGAACACGAGGAGGCCGCUGAGGAGAAGCGCGCAAGCGGUUUGUUUUGCGGUGACAAUGAGAACGUCACACCGGUCAUUAGAAUCGUGGACGAAGACGGAGAUGCAGAGGAAAGCCCUUCGUCUCUGGUCAGCGUCGUGGAAGAAUUGAAAGAAGAGCUGAGGAAGCAGAAACAGACGUACGAAUCUAGAAUUAAAAAGCUGGAAGAGUCGAGUUCAGCGGUGUGUGCGCAGAUGGAGAGACUUGAGCAAGAGAUGGAACAGGAGAGAAAAAGAAAACGAAUGCUUGAGAUCAAACUGAGAAACUCUGAACGGGCUCGUGAGGACGCAGAAAACCGCAAUCGCCUCCUUGAGAAGGAAAUGGAAGACUUCUUCUCCACGCUGGGGGAUCUGGCUCUUGGAAGCCGUACCAGUGACAUUUAAUGCAAAAAUAAACACACCCAAAGUCAUGAGGACCAGAGCACUCAGGCGUCUCCAUAAAUCAUGUGGACAAUUUUAUGUCUGCAAAAUUUUUGUGUUCAUCAAAUUAGACCUAAAAUUCAACUUGUUAAAGGCCUUCCACUAUCACACUAAUUCUACUGGUUACUUUUCCAAGGAGAAUGUUCCCAUCGUUUCAGCAGUGUAGCAUUUACUAAAGCCAUUUUAAAGUGAUUUCUUUCUGGAAGUUGCAGGUGACACAGAAACGUCUGAAUCCGGUCCUGAAAUCAGUUCAAAUGAUAUCAUGCGUCAUUGGCUUUGGCACAUAAAUGAGCUGAAAAUUUACUCCAAGGUCAUCCAGUUUGUUUCUUCAUCAGGUUUGUAGAAAUGUGUCUCUGCAUCAGUGUCUCAGCAAUGGAUGCUCUGCAGUGAAUGGGUGCCGUCAGAAUGAGAGUCCAAACAGCUGAUAAAAACAUCACAAUAAUCCACACCACUCCAGUCCAUCAGUUAACGUCUGGAGAAGACAAAAGCUGAAACUAUUCCAUCAUUAAGAUCACUUCAUGGUCCAAACAUGAGUCCAUAAUCCAUAAUAACGCUUCCUCCGGUGGAAAGUCCAUCUCCUGUCGUCUAUCACACCAAAAUCCAGCCACAUAUUUGUUUAGAUCUGUUUUGGCUUGUAAACGGAUGCGGAUUGCAGAUUUUUCUCCUGAUUCAGACAAAACAACUUUUUCACUGGAGGAAGCGUUAUUAUGGACUCGUAUUUUAGCCAGAAGCAGCGGUUUGAAGUUAAAAAUGUCUUAAUGAUGGAUUUGUUUCUUACAAACACGCAUCUUUUCGCUUCAUGACGAUUACUUGUAGAUCAUUGUGAUGUUUUUAUCAGCUGUUUGGACUCUCAUUCUGACGGCACCCAUUCACUGCAGAGCAUCCAUUGCUGAGACACUGAUGCAAUGCUACAUUUCUCCAAAUCUGAUGAAGAAACAAACUCAUCUACAUCUUGGAUGGCCUGAGUGCGAGUACAUUUUUAGCAAAUUUAAUUUUUGGCUCAACUAUACCUUUAAGCAGGCCACUGCUUCACAAAAAAUUUUAAUGCACGCAUUUUUGACUAAAAUAGCUCCAAAUCUUGGCAAUGAAACCGUUUUGUUGAAUAUUCGGUGGUAUUUCAAUAUUGUCAAAGUGACCGUCAGUGCCACUUUCAUUAAAAAAAAAAAAAAAAAUUGAAAUGUGACUUUUGUCAAUUGAUCUAAUUUUAUAUUUAUUUUACACUGUUUAGGUGUAUAGAAAGGCUAGAGAUGCUCUGUGGAUGUGAGUGGUCAAAUACUGUCAUAGAUUUUGUAGACUCAGCUCAUUUUCUGAACUGUUUUCCAACUGCAUAGUAGACCAUUUUAUAUAUUAGCAUGAUGGCCGUAGCCUAAUGGUUAAUUUUCCAGGCUGCUAAUAUGAAUGUUUCAGGUUCAAUCUCAAGAAGAAGAGACCUAGAAACUGGACAUCACCACUGUGCCCUCAAGCAAAGUGCUUUUUGCUGCUCAACACGUUUCAAUUAUCAAUCAAUGUGGAUAUUAUUUGGAUUUUACUAGAACAACAGCUUUUACAAAGGACUUUAAUGCAUAUUUAGAGUAUGUGAAGAUGUUAUACAUCAUGAUUAGACUAUUAUACUGCGGUCAUACAUGACGAUUAGACUGUGUGCUGUGCUGAAAUGUUAACAAGUGUUACUGUGGUGGUAUAUAAAAGGACUAAAUUAAAGGAACUGAAAAGAAUGCACUCCACGAUGGUCUGUCAUUAAGCAAAACCGAGUCAUUCAUUCAACUGAUUCGUUCAAACAAGGAAGUUAUCUUAAUUUUGCAAGACGGAAGCAAGCUAGCUGUAAAAACACAAACCAAUGCGUUUCUAAUAUAUCGAGCUGCAAAACAAGCCGUUUUGUAGAGCU